AUGGUGCAUUACGGCCACUCUAACCAGCUGCGCCAGGCACGGGCCAUGGGCGACUACCUCGUCGUGGGUGUGCACACCGAUGAGGAGAUUUCCAAGCACAAGGGGCCCCCGGUGUUCACUCAGGAGGAGAGAUACAAGAUGGUACGGGCCAUCAAGUGGGUGGACGAGGUGGUGCCAGCCGCUCCCUAUGUGACCACGCUGGAGACGCUGGACAAGUACAGCUGCGACUUCUGUGUCCAUGGCGAUGACAUCACACUGACCGUAGACGGCAGGGACACCUACGAGGAAGUGAAGCAGGCUGGGAGGUACAGAGAGUGCAGGCGCACCCAGGGCGUGUCCACCACAGACCUCGUCGGCCGUAUGUUGCUGGUGACCAAGGCGCAUCACAGCUGUGAGGAGAUGUCCUCCGAGUACCGGGAAUACGCAGACAGCUUUGGCAAGUGCCCGGGGGGACGGAACCCCUGGACGGGGGUGUCACAGUUCCUGCAGACGUCCCAGAAGAUCAUCCAGUUUGCUUCUGGGAAAGAACCCCAGCCAGGGGAGACAGUCAUCUACGUGGCUGGCGCCUUUGACCUGUUCCGUAUCGGCCACGUGGACUUCCUGGAGAAGGUGCACGGCCUCGCAGAGAGGCCCUACGUCAUCGCCGGCCUGCACUUUGACCAGGAGGUCAACCACUACAAGGGGAAGAACUACCCCAUCAUGAACCUGCACGAACGGACCCUAAGCGUGCUGGCCUGCCGGGGCCUGGUGGGCAGCUACGUGUUCAGCCUGAGGCCCAGCGGGCCCGGGGAGGACCAGGCUGGAGCCCACUGCAGAAAAGUCCCAAGUGGCAGGACAGAUAUCAGCAUGGAGGUCCUGGCAGCUAGGUUUCUGGACAAGAGGCAUGUGACCUUCAGCUUGGGUCACAGCCCCGACGAGCUGGCCUCCAACUGGAUCACCAGCACCUACUCAGGUAUAGCGUUUCAGGAGGGACCGCGGGCAGCUGUGCAGUCAGAGGCCCACAAACUAGUCUGCGGGGUGGCUGGCAGCUUCGAGCAGGGCCUGGGUGGCAUCAUCCAGAUGUUUAUUCAUGAGUUUUCCUAUCAAGACAUGCCCAGCGGGGCUGCAGCAGCGCCGAGCAAACAGGAGGCCUCCAGCAAGGCUCAGGCAAUUCAAUGA